ACGCGGCGCUGCCGGAAGCCGGCGCGGUACUUCCGGUGCUGCCCGUGGGCGCCCUCCCCGCCCGCCGCUGCCAAGAUGGCGGCGCCCGUGUCGCUGCAGGUGGAGUUCGGAGGUGGUGCAGAACUCUUGUUCGAUGGUGUCAAAAAGCAUCAGGUGACUUUGCCCUGUCAACCAGAGCCUUGGGAUAUCAGAAACCUGCUACAGUGGAUCAAACAGAAUCUGCUGAAAGAACGGCCAGAAUUAUUUAUGCAAGGGGAAUCUGUGAGGCCAGGAAUUUUGGUGCUCAUCAACGACGCAGACUGGGAACUAAUGGGUGAGCUGGAUUAUAAACUCCAGGACCAGGAUAACGUGCUUUUCAUCUCGACACUGCACGGCGGGUGAACUCCUGGAAAAACAAGAGGAUGUAAAUCCAAAUCCCUGGGCAAAAAAAAAAAACCCCAAACAAAAACCUAAACCCACCCAAACCUGUCUUGAACUGCUUGUGCCUGAUCUCUGCAUCUUCCCACUGCCUUCGUUCAUUACUAGACAUCAAAUAAAGCCCCGCCAGCACGCGGCCUGCUGUCCUUCACAACA